AGUGUAGAGGCUGAGAGAUUUAAGGACUUUUGAUAAUGGCGAGUAAACAUUUCUUCAAGCCUCUUCUUCCCGGAUUCUACAGCCACUUGACGAUUCCUAUAGCUUUCCUCUUGAAUAUAAAAGGAAGAAAUGAGCAGAAGACUGUGGAGCUGAGGUCAGACGCGUCAAAGAUAACUUGGAAAGUAAAGAUAGAUGGGGAGAGACUCACUGACGGUUGGAAAGAGUUUGCAGUGGCACAUGAUCUUCGAAUCGGUGACAUUGUUGUGUUCAGACAAGAGAGAGACAUGGCUUUCCAUGUUACAUUGUUGGGACCUAGUUGUUGUGAAAUUCAAUAUGUGUCUUGCCUAGAAGACCAUAACAACCUCAGGAUGAUUCAAAGGAAGAAGAGAGUAAGGAAGAAUCCAAGAAGAGAAGCAGAGUCUUCAUCACUAGAUCCCUCUUGUUUCGUGGCUAAUAUCACACCUUCGACCCUCCUUUAUGACAGACUGCAUUUUCCAAGAAGUUUUGCAAGAGAAAAUGGUCUGGACACAAGAUGUGGAGAGAUUGUUCUGAUGAAUGAAAAGGGCAGAUCAUGGACUGUAGAUUUGAGAGGAAAGAGUUCAUGCGGAAGUGCUUACAUCAAACGAGGAUGGAGAAGUUUCUGCCAUGCUAAUGGACUAAGUGCAGGAAGUUUCUUUACUUUCAGACUGAUCCAAAGAGGAAGAACUCUGGUUCUACGUUUGUUCCCCAAAGAGACGGAAGAAGAAGAAGUAGAAGUAGUGUGUCUUUCCACAGAAGAGGAAAGUGAUAAAGAGAGAAGCCAAGAUGACUCACAAGAAUGUUCAAAAAGAAAGGAAAAGAAGAUAUCGAAAGCUUCAUCUUCGGGAUCCCAAAACCGAUUUGUGACACUAACUCUUACACGUUACAACGUCAGCUUAUCUAGACUGACUCUUCCAAUACCUUUCACAAAGGCGAGCGGCAUAAGAUUGGCAAAGGAGAUGAGUUUCUUGGAUAAACACGGAGUAAAAUGGUCUACGAGACUGAGGUUUGAGAAGGAAAGAAAGAGAAUGAGAUUAGUAGGAGGUUGGAAAGAGUUUUGCAAUGCUAACCAUGUGAAGAUAGGAGAAUCGGUCUUGUUGGAGCUAAUUUGGGAAAAACACAAAUCCUCUGUUCUUAAGUUCUGCUCCAAAGUGAUGCCAUAGACCAAGUGAAAAUGUUUCUUUAAGGUUAUUGAAUUGCAUGAAUCAAUGUUUAAAGCUUUUGUGUUUGAUAUCUCAGUCGUACUAGACGCUAGAUGCUUGCUUUAUCUGUAUGGUUAUGGUGUUGUGUAAUAAUAAUAUAUC